CGUAUUCACAUGUGUGUGUGUGUGUGUGAGAAUAGUGGUUUGUCUGUGUUAGAGCAGAUCGAAGCAGAUAACACGCCGAGUAUAUUCGGGUCAUAAGCUAUGUGGGAAACAUAUCUUACAGGAUUGCAUACUCUGAUGAUACUAAUUAUGUUGAUAACAGCCGAAUUAUAUACCAAUUAAAAGAUGCUGAUGGAUGAAUUACAAGUGGUGGUUGUGGGUGCUGGAGCCGCAGGACUGGCAGCAGCUGCUAGGUUAAGGGAACGUGGAGUUAUGGAUAUUGUUAUACUAGAAGCUGAGGAAAGGUUGGGUGGUAGAAUUCAUACUGUCCCUUUUGAAGAUGCUGUCCUGGACCUUGGAGCACAGUGGGUGCAUGGAGAAGUAGGUAAUGUUGUGUAUUCCAUGGCAAAUAAGUAUGGACUUUUAACUGCAAGUGGCACGGAAAUGCUAGAAUCGCCAUAUAUUGAUUCCACAGGAAAGAUUAUUGACAAAGAGAUCACAGAGAAAAUAAUUGGAAUCUUAUCAUUAAUUCAUAAGGCUGGUGAUACCAUGCUGAAAGAUUUCAAAGGAUCUCUUGGAGAGUAUUACACUACAGUUUUUCAGAAAAAGAUGGAAGAAGAAUUUUCUACUAGUCAUUCAACAUUGGGUCGAUAUUUCCUGGACUGGUUCCAGAAGUUUGAGAACAACAUUGAUGGUUCUGAUUCCUGGUUUGAAACAUCAGGCCGUGGUCUGACAGAAUACUGGGAGUGUGAGGGAAACCUUUUGUUGGCAUGGAAAUCCGGAGGAUAUCAGAAAGUCCUAGAUCUUUUGAUGCAUAAAUAUCCAGACAAAAAAAUGGAAGUACCUGUUGAUUGUCAUAUAAAAUACGAAAAGGAAGUGACAUAUAUCAUAUGGAAGAAUUUGCCAGGAGAUAAGGUUACUGUGGAGUGUUCUGAUGGAUCAUCAUAUACAGCAGAUCAUGUUAUAGUUACUGUAAGUCUUGGUGUGUUGAAGGAGAAAGCAUGGUCCAUGUUUUAUCCAGCAUUGCCACCACGAAAAUUAAAUGCAAUAAAGGGUUUGGCUAUUGGAUGUGUGAACAAGAUAUACCUGAAGUUUCCAUAUCGAUGGUGGCCAGAACCAUAUUCUGGUUUUAGCUUCCUGUGGACUGAUGAGGAUAAACAAACUUUCAAACCAUCAGGGAGCACGGGUAGGGGUGUUGGUGGAAAGCAUUGGCUACAAGACAUAUUGGGGUUUUAUUCUGUGGACAACCAGCCUCUUGUGUUAUGUGGCUGGAUAGUAGGACCUCCAUCACGCUGCAUGGAACAUUUAUCUGAUGAACAAGUGAUACAGGGGUGCUUUGAACUUCUGCAGAAGUUUGCUGGAAAAUGUUUUAAUGUGACUAUACCUAGGCCUGAAUGUAUGGUGAGGUCACGCUGGUCAUCAAAUCCUCACUUCCGUGGCUCGUACAGUUUUCGCAGCAUGACAUCAGACAGGCUAGGAGCAUUUGCAUCACAUCUGGCUGAGCCUUUGACCAAUGAUGAUAAGAAGCCAGUGUUGCUGUUUGCUGGUGAAGCAACACAUGACCACUUUUAUUCAACAGUGCAUGGUGCUGUGGAGUCUGGUUGGCGGGAAGCAGACAGGAUCUUCACAUAUUAUAAUUGCCAUAGUCCCAACAUAUCGGUUCUGGAUCACAUGAACUUCUACCAAGUGAUUGUUAUUGGUGCAGGAAUUGCUGGUCUUGCGGCUGCUAAAACUUUGAUAGACAAUGGACUUCAGGAUUUGAAAAUUCUAGAAGCACAGGAUCAUCCUGGAGGGCGAAUCAGCUCUGUGUUCCUGAAUGGAAGCUGGAUAGAAGUUGGAGCACAGUGGAUCCAUGGGCAGAAUAACGAAGUCUGGAAACUUGCACACAAGUAUGACUUGCUCUCCACUGUUACAUCAUCUGAGGGAGAGGGUGUAUACAUCAGAGAAGAUGGUGUUGUUAUUGAUCCAGCUCUUGUUGAAGAGGUUUGCCAAGUUGUAACUGAAAUCUUACAAGAGUGUGAAGAAUAUGCUUAUGGUUAUUGUGAUAAGAAAGUGAUACCCAAGUCUAUCGGCCAGCACCUGAAGCAGAAGUUUGAACGGUAUCUCGAAAGUUGCUCCGAGGAUUCGGAGGAGCUACAUCGCAUGAAGGAAGAACUGUAUGACUGGCAUCUGAGAUUUCAGGUUAUUGAUAAUUCAUGCACAGUUUUAGAUAAGCUGUCUGCCAAAGCUUGGGGUAGCUAUUCAUUCAGUGGUGGGACUGACUACAUAAACUUCAAAGAAGGCUAUGGCUCUUUAGUCAGGACCAUAGUAAAGGAACUUCCAGCUGGAAUGCUGUGUCUGAAUAGACCUGUAACUGCGAUUAAGUGGCAGCAGAGCAUCAAUUUGCAGGUUCAGAAUGACACAGCUUUGGAUACAAUAUGUAACAAACUGAAUGGAGUUCAUAUGACUCCUUUCCAUGUUGAUGUGCAUGGAGGUAUGGCACCCCAGACUCAUCGUAAUGGCAUUGAAUCAGGAGUUCCAAAAACUGUAGGAAAGCCUCCUGUAGUGGUUUUCUGCAGCAAUGGAACAGUGUAUACUGCUGGACAUGUCAUUGUGACCUGUUCUUUGGGCUGCUUGAAGGCAUGCUGUAAGACAAUGUUUGAACCUGAACUGCCUCAUUCUAUGAUCCAGGCUGUUCAAGACAUGGGGUUUGCUGCAGUUAACAAGAUAUUCCUUGUUUUUGAAAAGCCUUGGUGGACUCCUGACAUCAAAGGCUUUCAGUUGAUUUGGUCCAGGGACAAUAAUGUUACUCCAUCACAUAAGGAGCGCUCAUCAUGGACACGGGAUCUUACUGGUUUUGAUGUCAUUCAUGGGCAAGAAGGAGUUCUUCUAGGAUGGGUUGGAGGAAAGGGAGCUGAAUUGGUUGAAGAAAUGACAGAGGAUGAGAUUGGGCAACAAUGCAUAGAGCUGUUGAAGAAAUUCACAAUGAAUGAAAAUAUUCCUCUUCCAUGUCAGGUGAUAAGGAGUCAGUGGUACAAGAAUCCUUACAUCCGUGGAGGAUACAGCAACUCUUCAAAUAUGUGUGAUGUAUCUAGCAGAGGGCCAUCUGAUCUGGCAGAGCCUGUGUGGGCAGAAGUGUGCUAUGGGAAUAUGCCCACUGAGUGCAAGUAUCCUGUCAUUUUGCUAGCAGGUGAAGCUACCCACGAGCGUUACUUCUCAACAACACAUGGUGCAUACGAAACAGGGCAGGCACAGGCUAAAGUAAUUCUAGACUAUAUCAAUAGUCAAAGAAGUUCUUCCUUAUAAAAAAAUAAUUCUUAGCUGUCAUAAUUUUUGUUGUUGAAUUCCCAGACUUCCAUUUUAUAAACAUAAAUUUUACUGCAAUCAUUACCAAACUGCACAAAACAAAUUCUUUUAACUAUUAAAACUCCUAUACAUCUCUGUUUUUAUGAGAUGUUCUCAUUUUCCAUUUUAUCAUUCAUGUCCCCCAGUGUAAGGUAUGUGGGAUCCUCUAUGCAGUCUGAGGUUUUGUCAUAGCUGAUUUCACUGAGUAAAUAUAUACAGUAUUUGUGACAAAGACACUGCAUAUCCAUUAUUUUCUUUAGGUCCAAAACUUGAUGAUGAUGUCAUGUUGUUCAUGUUUUGUUGGUGGUUUUCACAGAAUAAGUAACCACUGAACCACUAUGUGGGACCUUGAAAUUAAGCAGUCGCUGCUCAUAAAGCCCAAAUUUAAUGUGGUGAUUUUGUGAAAGCUGUGAAUAUUGUAUUACUGCCCCUAAUUGCACUUCUCGAGUUUCUCUAGAAUCUAACUUUAGAGUAACAUGCUUUUAGUCUCUUUGCUUUGUAAUACCUAAAGACCCAUGGACAAGAUAGAGCAAGAUUUUCCAAUUUCUUAAGUCACUAUUUCGGCAGUGCUUCCCUGCGCAUGCCACUCUAGCAUUGUUUUUCCUAUUUUAUAUUUAGUUUUUAUAUAUAGUUUCUUUGGAAGUAUGUAUUUAUAUUUUUUCCCUACCUGCUAUGCAGUAACUGCAUAUUGUGUGCAUUACCAGAACUAUAAAUUACACUUUGUUCUGGUCUAAUUUGGUGCUUCUUUUUUAAUUGUAUGUAUUAUUACUUACUUACUUACUUACUCAUGGAGCUGAGCCCUUCUGGAGAAGCCGCCAAUUCUGCAGCUACUCAAG